AUGCUCGCGCAAAAACUGCUGGCCACCGCGGCGGCCUUGCUCGCGACCUCGGUGCGCGCCCAGGACGCCGACGGCAAGUACGAGAUCGCGGCUGAGGGCAUCCGCGCCCACUUCAUCGCGUACGGCGCCAGUAUCUCGAACCUCUUCGUCAACGACUCGAGUGGCGUCGAGCGCGACCUCGUCAUGGGCUUUGACAAUGCGAGCUAUUAUGGCGAGGACACAAAGCACCCGCAUCUGGGCAGCGUGCCGGGUCGCUAUGCCAAUCGCAUCAAGAACGGCACGUUUGAGAUCGAUGGCGUGGAAUACCAUACCGAUCUCAAUGAGAAUGACGGCGUGGAUACGCUGCACGGUGGCGCUGAUGGCUGGGACUGGAGGAACUGGACUGUCGUCUCUCACACUUCGGACUCGAUUACCUUCUCUCUUUUUGACAAGGAUGGCUCCAAUGGCUUCCCGGGCGACGUCUCAAGCUAUGUCACGUACACCGUUACCCCGUAUCAAUGGCAUCUGAAGAUGUCUGCUACGGCUCUGACGAAGAAGACGCCCAUUAUGCUCAGUUCACACACAUACUGGAACCUCGACGGAUUCCAAAAUAAUGACACCGCCACGGCGCUCAACCACACGCUGCACCUGCCCUACUCGGGCCAGCGCGUCGGCACUGACGGCAUCCUGAUUCCCAACGGCGACAUCCUGCCCAACCUCAAGGGCUCCGUCAACGACUUCUGGAGCGCGCCCAAGCAGAUCGGUGCCAGCUUCGACGACCCAGAAAUUGAAGGCAACUGCGGCACCGGCUGCAAGGGCUACGACACGUGCUACCUGGUCAACCGCGCGCAAGACGGCGCGUACGACUGGCGCGAGAAGGGCCCCGUUGCGUCGCUGUCGAGCGACUUCAGCGGCAUCCAAGUCGACGUCUUCACCGAUCAGGAGGCUUUCCAGAUCUUCUCGUGCAGUGGCCAGAACGGCACUUUGCCGCUCAAGAAGACGCAAGGCUUCUUUGAUGAUGAAGAGAGGCCGCGCGUAGUCGAGUCUUAUGGCUGCGUUGUUAUGGAGGUCGAGGACUGGAUUGAUUCAAUCAACCAGCCGCAGUGGCAGCGCGAGAAGAAGAACAUCUUUGGUCCUGCCGAUAGCCCGUACACGCUCGAGGCUGUUUACAAGUUCUCAGUGAAAGGAAAGGGUGGAGGUGAGGAUGAGCUGUAG